AUGCUGAUUCCAAAUAUGUCACCACCGUAUGCUUUACAUACAUCUAAUCCAGUCCUACUUCCAGUUAAGCCGCCAUUUCUCGUCCUAUCUUUUCCUACGAUUGCCGCUACACCAUUCACAUCUCUUCCAUCUGACAUUUUGAAACGAUUACCAACACAAUUACGCGAUGGUAACUCAUUAAUGGCUCUCUUCACAUCAUUCGUUACCAAUUUAGCUAAUAAUUCUACUUCGUUACCCGUCACAACAGCACAAGUAAUCAAUAAUUUGGUGCCAUCGUCAUCAACCACUCAAGCAUCAAAAGUUUUAUCAUCUUCUGCGUCUGAUCAUCGCACGUCAGAAGGUUCGUCAUUUGAUCUUGGAACGAAAGUUCAACAAAUUCGCGAAUUAGUUUCGGUCCAGCUCAAAGUCAAGAUAACGACGAUGAUGCUGAUAUUAUUGUUUUAG